AUGCGACUAGGCUGGUUCGCAGAACAAGUGAGUUUUGGUGGAACGAUCAUCAAGAAGGCGUUGAACCUAGCUUCUGGUCGAUUACACGACCAGGAUCCCUACUAUCGUAACAUCUACUCUGCCACUCGAGGGGUGUUAUUCCUUGGCACACCUCAUCGCGGAUCCGGCUAUGUAAGAGCAAGUCGCCUUUCAGCAAGGCUCACGGCGCUACUCGGCUCCAGGACGCAACUGCUUGAUUUCAUCGACCCGCAGUCUGAACCCUUGUCAGAGUUGAAUGAUACCUUUCUUCGUGCAUACGCACAAUGCCAAAUGUUUUGCUUCUUUGAGGCCCAGCCUCCGAAAAACAACCUAGGGCUUCCACAGCCGUUGGUCGUUGACAAGUCAUCUGCCGUGAUACCUGGCAGACCUCAUGGUGUUCUCAAUCUCAACCACGUGGAAUUGAACAAAUACCGUUCCGAAGAUGACCAGAAUUACCAAAAAGUCUGCGACGUGAUAAAGCAGCUUGCAAAUCAGCGCUCAGAUCAGCCAGAGACUGGUUAUGAAGAGCCUUUCUUCGAAUCGUUGAAAAAGAAGUUGCAAGGAGAAGAUGAAUUUCUGAAGCUUCUUCGCUCCAAACUACCUGCUACAAUUGACGACCAUAUUCCCACUCGCCAUGAGGGUACCUGCGAGUGGGUGUUUGACAAUCAGGCGUAUCAACGUUGGGAUGACGAGGAUGACGCUGUACGCAGAUUUCUCAUGAUAGUGGCAGGUCCUGGUUGGGGCAAAUCGGUUCUAGCAAAGCACCUUGUUCGAAUUCAGAGAGACAAACAUAUUUCAACCAAUUACGAAUUCGUUCUGGCCUUCUUUUGCAAAAAUUCUGAAGGACGAAAUUCGUCCUCUGCCAUCAUUACGUCAUUCCUUUAUACCCUCUUAAGCCAACAACGGACGUUCUUUCGGCACAUUACUCCAUUGCUUGUGCGACAGACAGUAUCAGAUGACACCUUAUCUUUUCGAAGUCUCUGGACUAUGCUUACAGCGGUCUUGAGCGAUCCACGAUUGCGAUCUGUGCAAUUCAUCAUUGACGCUUUGGAUGAGUGUCAGCCUACAUCUCAGGUCGAGUUAUUGAAGGCUUUUGAACAAGCAAUUACAGAAGACUCGCCCAAAAUCUUCCAAUCUAAGAUUUUGAUCACUAGCCGACCAAACCCGGUUGCGGUAGAUUAUGGGACGCGACUUGGUCUUUUGCAAAUUGGUCUUGAGAACGUCGAGCCAGAUAUAUCACUGAUCAUUCAAUCAGAGGUGAACAAAUUAGCCGUAGGCAGAGGGUAUCCUGAGGACAUUGUUGCUCUUGUUAGGGAUAAACUCGGAAGCGAAGCCGACGGCAUGUUUCUAUGGGUCAACUUGGUUCUCGAGGAACUUAAUCGUGAUGACCACGCCGACACACGAAAAGCGAUAGAUCAGAUACUGGCGGGUUUACCACGAAGCCUUGGUGAAUUCUAUGGCAGGAACCUGGCUAACAUCCCGGUACAAUCUCGCGAAGAUGCGGAGAGAAUUUUGAGACUCUUACUUGCUGCUCCCCGCUCUCUGACGCCUCAAGAGCUGAGUAUUUUAUUCACCGAAUGGCCUAAAAGUUGUCCUUCUAUUGCACAUCUCGAGCCAAACUUGCCACUCAAUAUUAGUCGCUAUGCAAAAGCAGCUUGUGGAUCUUUCAUCAGGGCAACCGAGAGUGCUAUAAGUUUUGUGCACCAAUCUGCACUUGAAUACCUGAAAGCUAAAUUCUCACCAAGUGAUUCCUCAGAUGACUUUGUAGCAGAUCUGCCACAGGUUCAUCUGCACAUGCUCAAGGUUUGCUUGCGAUACCUUUUCCUGGAUGAAGUCGUAUCAGAAGCCCGGCAAUUCAGGGUAGAUCCGCUUGAUGGGCUGUCUGCAGCAUAUCCGUUUGUUAACUAUGCACUCACAUACUGGUCUUCACAUGCGAAGAGAGUAGAGACUCACGAUGAGGAAAGUCGUACCUUAAUGAAAAGGUUCAUCUGCAUGGACAAUCCAGUUCUGCCUAUAUGGAUUCAGAAUACGUAUCGACGCAAUUUCAGUACUGUCGAUAACUCGCUACUUCCAAAGCCAGACACUUCAUUACUAGGAGCAUUGAUCGUAGAAGAUCUGUCAAGCCUGGUCAAAGAAAUGUUUCCGGCUUACAACAUGGAUCAUGCGGGUGACAGUCUCGUGGCCAACUCAAUUGCUUUGGAUAACUUGAUCACCGAAUUUGAUAUCGACCUCAACCAAACAGAUUGUGUAGGACUUACCCCACUUAUGAUAGCCACUAUGGCCGAACAGUUGGAAGCAAUGGACUUCCUCAUACAAAAAGGAUCAGAUCUUGAAAUGCAGACCACACUAGGACAUCGUGCGAUGCACUUGGCCCCUGGCAGCCGCUCUCUUCGUAUCUUAAUAGAUGCAGGAGCCAAUCUGAACCAAGGAGAUAACACAAAAAAUACCCCUUUGCACCUAAGCAUCGAAACGGGCAGGAAAGAAGCUACCGAGUAUCUCAUAAAACGGGGGGCUAAGCCGGAUCUACCAAAUGAAGAAGGCUUUACUCCACUUUACAUCGCCAUGUCUGGUGGUCAAUUCAAUAUCAGCAAUCAACUCAUUACUGCAGGCGCCGAUGUAAGACACCGCUCAGUAAAUGAGAGAACAAUGAUGUUCGCAGCUGCGGCGUCCAGUAACAACCUUCUCUUAGACCUUACGCUUGAGCACGGGUUGAAAAUUGACGACAAGGACCAAUGGGGCAUAACGCCCAUUAACAUCGCUGCAAUCACAUCUCCAAAUACCCUCUCGCGUUUGAUCUUGCUUGGGGCAGAUAUUGCAAAUGUCUCUACCAUUGGAGAGACACCACUUCAUAGCGCCGCUUCCGGUGGGCUAGAAAUGUGUGCGUGUAUACUACUUGACGCUGGGGCAAAUGUAGAUGCGACAGACGAGACAGGGUACAAGCCAAUACACUAUGCUGCGAGUUGUGGUAAUGAAGACGUCCUGAGGCCACUCCUGGAUCGAAUGAUAGAACCUCAAAGUAAAGCCAACAAUGGCAGUACCGCACUCCAUUUGGCGGUAUCUCAAGGGCACGCCCACCUAAUUGAAAUGCUCGUCGAUUUUGGAUUCAACAUAAAUCAAGAGGACAAAGAGGGACUAUCGCCGUUGCACGUGGCGGUCUCCUCCGAUAAUCACGAGCUGGUCACGCUGCUUUUGAGUCUCGGUGCAGAUGUUAAUGCGCAAGACUCUGCUGGCGAGACUCCAUUGAUUCUUGCAAUAGACAAUGGUCGACAUGACAUUAUAAAGCGUCUAUUGAUCGCUCAUGCUGACGUCAAUCAAUCAUCUAAAGCUGCUUCACCUUUGCCUUUGGCCACAGCGCGGUCAGAUCAAGACAUGGUUCAGCUGCUUUUGGGUGCUCCUAUUGAUGUCAACAAGUCCAUACCGCGCAUAGGUACGUCUCUGCACCUUGCUGCACACCGUGGCGAUGCCUCUAUCAUCGACUUGUUAUAUUCAGCAGGUGCGCAAUUAGAGUCUAUCAACGAGUCUGGCUACACCGCUUUGCACUACGCGGCGGCAAACGGGCAUGCUGAUGCUACAGAAAAGCUUCUCAAUUACGGUGCCAACGCUAACGCCACAUCCAUUGCUGGGGAGACCCCUCUGCAUUUGGCUGCGUUGAGUGACGACUUGCGCGUGCACGAGUUGAUUGUGUCCAAAUCGGGAGAUAUCAACGCCGUUGACAAGGACUCAAACACAGCCCUCAUGAUUGCUAAAGCUAAGGAAAACAUGGAGGUUGCUCGCUUUCUACGCUCAAAGGGUGGAAAAGGAUCGCCUUAUAUGACGAAGGAAUCGGCAGCUUCCUAUCCCAAUAGUAAUCUUGUAAGGUCACUUAAAUGGGACAGAGAGUAUGAAGUUGGCAGAAUAAAAUCUACCGUGCAGUCGACACUAGAAAAAAACGACUUUCCCAAAAACCUCACGGAACAAGAAGCAUAUUUUAUGGACGAAAUCCGGAAGGGAGAGGAUUCUAUAAAAAGCGGUUCGUACAAGUCCUGCCUCUAG